AAAAUUGGUUCACCUGGCAAACAUCCCGUUUGUGCUGAAAACCGCGGGAGAUAUUUUUAGCAGAGAUGGGGCCAAAACCAACCCCGUCUAAGAAGGGAAACACACUUUUUUCGUAUUUUACGAAAAGUCCAGCGGCGGCGAAGAAUACUCAGCCAAAUUUGAAUGGAUCCGAUGUGUUGUCACAGAAGAAAUCACCCAACAAAACGGACGAAGCAACACCUGCAAAACAGGCGAAAAAACAAGCUGAGACCCAAAGUUUUGCUGAGGGUGAUAUUGUGUGGAGUAAAUUGUCAGGCUAUCCCUGGUGGCCAUCACUUGUCUGUUCUCAUCCAACAGAAAAUACCCAUAUCAAAAAGGGCAAGAACCCACAAUUACAUGUCCAGUUCUUUGACACACCACCAACAAGGUCAUGGAUCAAAGCAAAUAAUGUGAUGCCUUACCAUGGCUCAGAUCACGAGGACUAUAAGAAAGGUGGAAAAUGUUACUCCCUCAAUCCUAAAGUGAAAAAGGGAACAGAGGAGGCAGAUAAAGCCCUGAAAUUAUCUGUGGAGGAGCGACGAAAACUAGUGGUGGAUCUACAACCAUCCAGUGAUGAGGAGGAGGAAGAGGAAAUGGAAUAUGAAGAGGGUGGUGAAAGUGAAGAAAAUGAAGCUGACAACAGCAAGGAAAACAAGGAAGAAGACUCGAAAUCCAAACGGAGAACAAGUAGGAGACCGACCAAGAGGCGGCGGAUCAUUAGUGCCAGUGACAGCGGGGAAUCAGAUGAUGAUUUCAAGCCCCAUUCUGAUGCAGAAUCAUCUGAUGAUGCCAGCAGUGGUGUGAACGAAGAGGAGAUAUCAGAACCUGAGUCAGAAUCAGAAAUUGAUUCCCCAGUAAAGAAAUCAAAGAAAGCAGAGCCUCCCACAAGAAAGAGGAAGAAACCAGAGAAGAACACCAAGCCAUGGCGACCGACGGCCAAGGAGAAGGCUGACUCAGAUGAGGAGCCUGUAAAGGAACAAGUCUCUCCCUCCACCAGUCGGCUUCCUGCCUCCUUCACACCAACUGUCGGAGAAAAAACUAAAUCCAAACUGGCUUCUUUUGCUGCCCUUGACAUAGACACUAAACCAGUCAAGGGAACAGAGCAGGAGUCCAACUUCCCCCACCUGAAACUGGAUUUUCUACAGCCCGAGAAAAUCAAGGAUGGUAAGAAGAAGAGCAAGACUGACCCAGAUUAUGAUCCGAAGACUUUGUAUGUUCCAGAUUCCUUCCUCAAGCAACAGACACCGGCUAUGAGGCAGUGGUGGGAGUUGAAGUCCAAACAUUUUGAUGCUGUACUAUUUUUCAAGAUGGGAAAAUUCUAUGAGCUGUUUCACAUGGAUGCUGACAUUGGUGUGAAAGAGCUAGGACUUAUAUACAUGAAAGGAGAACAGGCUCACUCUGGCUUUCCUGAGAUUGCAUACAGUAGGUAUGCUGAUCAGCUUAUACAGAAAGGUUACAAGGUCGCGAGGAUCGAGCAGACCGAGACCCCUGACAUGAUGACAGAGAGGGUCAAAAAAAUGGGUCUCCCUCCCACCAAGUUUGACAAAGUGGUGAAGAGAGAGGUAUGUCGCAUCACCAGUAAGGGGACCCAGACAUUUAACGUGAUGGACGGGGAUAUUGCUGAGGCCUCCAGUAGUUAUCUGUUGGCUCUCUGUGAAAAGGAUGAUGGACAAUUUGGACAGAGUACUUAUGGUGUGUGUUUUGUUGAUACAACGAUAGGAAAAUUUCAGAUUGGACAAUUCACAGAUGACCGGUACUGCUCUAGACUUCGGACACUGAUUGCUCACUUCACACCUGUACAGGUACUGAUGCCAAGGGGGAAAUUGUCUGAAAAAACAUCAAGCCUGAUCAACAAUAACCUGUCAUCAGUCAUAAAGGAGUAUUUACGACCCGAAACGGAAUUCUGGGAUAGCAGUAAGGCCCUCAAAGUUCUGGCAGAGGAGGAGUACUUCCAGACUGAGGACAACAUUGUGUGGCCAGAUUGUCUCAAGAAAAUGAUGUCUGAUGGAGACACCAUUGGUCUUUGUGCAGCCGAGGAGUAUAGUUUAGCUGUGUCUUCACUAGGGGCUAUCGUCUGGUAUCUUCAAUACAGCCUAAUGGACCAAGAACUCUUGUCCAUGAAGAACUUUGAGGAAUAUGUUCCUGUGGAUUCGGGAGAAACAGCAUCUAAAGAGAAGUCAGCGUUCACAAAAAAUCAACACAUGGUCCUUGACGGCCUGACCCUGAGGAAUCUGGACGUGGCAGACAUGUAUGGAUCCCAGGAAGGAACCCUGCUGGCCAGACUAAAUCAGUGCUGUACUCCAUUUGGUAAGCGGUUGUUUAAGCAAUGGUUGUGUGCCCCUCUGUGUAAUUCCACCUCUAUUGAUGAUCGACUUAAUGCUGUGGAGGACCUGAAUGGGAUCCCAGAGGUCAUGGCAGAGGUCACGGACAUGAUGCGGAAGCUUCCGGACCUGGAACGCACCCUCAGCAAAUUCCAUAGUCUUGGUUCAGCUGCACGCAGUAAAAAUCAUCCUGACAGCAGAGCCAUCUUCUUUGAUGAAGCUAAAUACAGUAAAAAGAAAAUAGAUGAUUUCCUGUCUACAAUAGAGGGAUUUAAAGUUGCCCAGAAAGUAGCGAAGAAGUUUCAAUCUCAUGUAGAUAACUUUACGUCCAAACUGCUGAAGCAUACCAUGACACUAGACACAACAGAGAGUAAAGGGCUAUUCCCAGAAUUACAGAAAGAAAUGGAAUUCUUUGAGAAUGCGUUUGACCAUGCUAAAGCAAAGAAAGAUGGGGUCAUUUUACCUAACAAAGGCGUCAGUCCAGAGUAUGACUCGGCAAAAUCUGAUUUGAAGGCAGCAGAGAGGGGACUGGAAGAGUACUUAGAUAGACAGCGCCAGAGGCUAGGAUGUAGAACAUUAACCUACUGGGGCUCUGGGAAAAAUAGAUAUCAGAUUGAGGUACCAGAGAGUGUAAUGAAAAGGGUCCCUGAUGAAUAUAACUUGAUGUCCUCCAAAAAAGGGGCCAAGAGAUUCAGGACGACGGAGAUCGAGGAUCAGUUGGUGGAUCUAACUGAAGCUGAGGAGCGUAAAGAUGCUGCCCUAAAAGACACCAUGAGGAGACUCUUCUAUAGUUUUGAUGAAAGGUACAAACUAUGGGACACAGCUUUGCAGUGUCUGUCUGUUCUGGAUGUGUUGAUGUCCCUGGCUAAGUAUGUUGGUGCAGCAGAUGGAGUCACAUGUAGACCAGAGAUAUUAGAUCCAACAUCUGACACAGAGCCCUUUAUAGAGAUAAGAGAGGCCAGACAUCCCUGUGUAACGAGGACAUUUGGAGGAGGGGAUUUUAUUCCUAAUGACACUGUUAUAGGUAUCCCUGACGAACUCGACACGGAGGGGGGUGAAGAGAACAGCAGUAGUAAGAUCGUCUUGGUAACAGGUCCAAACAUGGGAGGUAAAUCCACUCUCAUGAGACAGGUUGGACUAAUUACCAUCAUGGCUCAGAUGGGAUGUUAUGUUCCUGCUGAGAAAUGUCUGUUAACUCCUGUUGACAGAGUGUUUACGAGGCUAGGGGCAAGUGACAGAAUCAUGUCAGGUGAAAGCACUUUCUAUGUGGAGUUAAGUGAGACAGCAGCUAUUUUACAACAUGCUACCAAACAUGCACUUGUUCUAAUAGAUGAACUGGGUAGAGGAACAGCUACAUAUGAUGGUACAGCUAUUGCCUGUGCUGUCGUGAAUGAGCUUUCCAAAAACAUUCAGUGUAGGACGCUAUUCUCCACACACUAUCACUCACUGGUCGAAGAAUUCUCUCAUGAUCCCAACAUCAGGCUAGGCCACAUGUCUUGUAUGGUAGAAGAUGAAGGUGAUCCAUCAGAGGAGACCAUCACAUUCCUGUACAAGUUUGUAAAAGGGGCCUGUCCUAAAAGUUAUGGCUUCAAUGUGGCUCGCCUGGCCAACAUUCCUGAGGAGGUUGUUAAACUUGCCAAAGAGAAAGCAAAGGAAUUUGAAAUGUCUGUUGAAUUGAAAAAAUUAUUUAGGUCGAUAUGGCAUGAUGAUUCCACUGAGAAUAUAAAGAGGGUACAAGCCUUACUCCCAGAGGACCUCUAGUCUUCUACAAGUCUCUUCAAAUGAAAUAUAUUGACUAGUGCCAUGCCACCUUCUUUGAAAUGUGCUGAACUUGAAAGUGCUCAUAAAAACUAGGGUAAUCUAAGUUGCUGUUGGGCAGCAGCUGCAUGUACAAUUACAUGUAAUAAAGAUACUGAAAAAAUAUGUGUAAAUGAAAGCAGGCAGAUGAAUUGUAAACAACUCAAAAGGAAAUCAUAUUACAUAUUAUUCUUCAGUCAUUACUGUAAAUUCAUACCAUAAUAUUCUUGUAGCAGGUUUUCAAAAUGUUCUUUGAUGCAAUCAAAUAU